AUGGGCGAUCUAAUAGUCUCUGAAGUUGGUCCACACGCUUACAGCUACACUCCCUUGCCCGGCAGGACAAUUCGGGUAUUGACGCUACACGCUGGGAAUCCCGAAGACCCGCUUAGAGGUUCUCUCGAGUCUGUCGUCGUUGACGAUGCCGGUGUUUAUGAGCCUCUCUCGUACGUCUGGGGCGACGGUCAGCUCACGCACGAAAUCUUCCUGCCCACCGCACGGCUCAGGCUUACAGCUAGUCUGUACAAUGCCCUGAGACGGCUCAGAAGGCGGACGGGAUCCCGGCGCGUGUGGGCUGACCAGAUUUGCAUUGAUCAGCUCAACAAGGAAGAGAGGUCGCAGCAGGUGCAGUUCAUGAACCAGAUCUACAGGAAUGGGAGCCACGUGCAGGUUUGGCUUGGCCUUGAUGAACAGAAUCUGGCCAAAGAGGCCUUUGGUUUUGUACGAGGGCUCGCCGGGCUCCUCGCUCACGAUAGUGAAAAAGCGGCCCUUCAUGUGGAUAAUUUGUUCCAACAGGCAGUUGAUUAUUGGAUGCCUUUGAAACACAUAACAGCUCUCCCGUGGUUUCGACGUGGCUGGAUCGUUCAAGAGAUUGGCACCAGAGCUCCCGCAACCCUCCUUUGGGGAGAAGCAGAAAUGCAGUGGAAAACACUGCACGAGGUAUGCGAGGAACUUGCAGAAUACCACCAUAUAAGAGUAAAAUUCAAGGUGGCCACGUCAACCAUCAAGUAUCUCUAUCGUCGUUUCAUCGAACCCGACGCCCCCAGCCGGCACGACAAUCGGUUUAGCUUCAUCUAUGAACUUCAUCGAGCAGGACACUUGCAAGUCACGGACCCUCGCGAUCGGGUAUUUGCCAUGCUGGGCCAUUAUUCCAUUCGCAAGGGGAAGAAUAGCAAACUGAAGGAGAUGAAGGCGGACUACAUGAAAUCAGUUGAGGAAGUCUAUAUCGACGUUGCUGUGAGGGCCCUAACCGGAGAUGAUGAAUCUCUUAUUACACUGGGGGCCGUCCAACACAUGAGUCUCCCCUCUUCUGUCGAAGCUUUACAGGCGCACGAGCGUAAACUGCCACUGCCAUCGUGGACACCAGACUGGCGGGCUCGUCAUGGACAUAUCAUGUCCGAACCUACCAGCCCUCACCGCGCCUGCGGCUCAAAGAAGCCCAAUCUUCACAUCAGCGCAUCAGUCCCAGAGGUGCUCAGCAUUCGCGGCGUUCAAAUCGACUCGAUCCAGAACUGCUCCUCUCCAUUAGAAAAAGGGGCGUUUCACGAGAGGAAGACUGACCAAGGAAACACCAAGCGGAUCGCAAUCGAGUCUCUUUGGAUGGAAAUCUGCGGAAACACAAACGGCUUUGGUCUCGACGACAAGUACGUCGACAGCAAAGACAGCAGCUUCUUUGCCUAUGUCCAGACACUGAGCAACGGCUGCAUGGCCAUUUACUGGCAGGAUCACGCCGCUGAGAGCUACAGCGCCAUCCGACAUGAAGAAUGGCUUGGACACAGCGCUGCCUAUCUCACCACCGCGGUGGACAAGACGAUCAUCUCUCCUGAGCUGCAUCGCCUGGCUGAGAAAGGAGACGCACUGAAAUGGAGCCGUGCAGCAACUGGUGCAUCGAGCAAUCGAAGAUUCGCACGAACUACCAGGGGAUACUAUGUAAUGGGACCGCAAGUCAUGGAGGAGGGCGACGUUAUCUGCGUGCUCUUUGGCGGGAAGAUGCCGUUUUGUCUGCGGCCUUGUCUGGACUCUCGGCGUUAUUUACUUGUUGGGGAAUGUUAUAUACAUGGGUUCAUGAAUGGGGAAGCUGUAGAGAUGCUUGACGAGGGGAGAUUCUGCGAUGAGGUCUUCGAAAUUGUUUGA